AUGGAAGAAAGCUCGUGGCUACAUGACGGCAGCACAUCCUGGACGUUGGGGGGCCCCUGCGGUGACACCUCGCUCGGUGUAUCUUCUCGCCUAUCAUCUAUUGACGAUGGGGGCCCCCCCCUCCUUGCUGCUGCUUCUUUGGGGGCCUCGUGGCAGCAAGACCAUGAAAUACCCUGUGAAGGUAGACCCUCUGGGGGGGCCCCCCAGUCUGGUGGCGGCGCGGUGCAGCGGGAGCAGCAGCAGCUACAGCAGCAGCAGCAACUGCAACAGCAGCAACAACAGCAGCAACGGCAGCAACAGGAGCAACAGCAGCAGCAACAGCAGCAGCAACAGCAGCAGAGAGCAAUAGCAGAAGCAAUGCCACAAGCGAAACCCAGAUCCCUCAGUCUAGCUCUCACCUUCUUUGGCCCUUAUAGACGAAGACCCCACCAGCAGCAGCAGCAGCAGCAGCAGCAGCAGGAGCAGCAGCAGCAGCAGCAGCAGGAGGAGGAGUCACAUAAUACAGAGGGGGGGGGCCCCCAUGACCCUCUGGGUCGUUUCGGGGUGUACGUACAGGCCCUUAUAGACGAAGACCCCAGCCCCAGCACCACCACCAGCAGCAGCAGCAGCAGCAGCAGCAGGAGCAGCAGCAGCAGCAGCAGCAGGAGGAGGAGUCACAUAAUGCGUGUAUAUGGUGGUGUAUUAGAUUCACUUACAGCUCGUAUUGCUGCUCUCUCUGAGCUAGAAAAAAUAAAAAAAGAAACAAUACAAGUUUCUCUCCCCCCAGAGGAGGCCCUCGAGGCAGAACAAGUCGAUGUCGUUGACUUCGCCUUCUUUCUUAACCUACUCAGGGGCCCCCAACACGGGGCCCCCAACACCACACAGGGGGGCCCCCACACCACCCCGGGGGCCCCCAACACCACAGCGGAGGCCCCCAAUACCACCUCCCCGGGGGCCCCCGACCCCACCUCUGAGGCCCCCACCACCACCCCGGGGGCCCCCGACCCCAGCUCUGGGGCCCCCAGCCCGAGCUCUGGGGCCCCCAGCCCCACUGUGGGGGCCCCCGGUACAAGUGGUGAGGGGGCCCCCAGUGUUGAGGCGGAGGAGUUGCUGGUGCUGCCGGGUGUGGUUGCCCCCAUAGAGCUGCGGGGUUUGGGGCCCCUGCCGGGGGGCCGCGUUCCGCGGGUGCUGUCGGUGGUGGUGGCUCGGGGUAUACAGCUGCUGGCGCUGCAGGCGCAGGGGGACGAGUCAGUGCGUGCUGCUCUUGCUGCUGCGCUGCAGACAGGAGAGGGUAGAGAAGAGAAGAAAAGGGGGGGGGGAACAGACUGUGUUUCUUUUGCUGCUGCUGCUGCUGCUGCUGCUGCUGCAGCAGAAGGUGCUGCAGCAGCAACAGACAGGGGAAAAGAAAAAGAUGAAUUUAAUACACAAGGAUUGCAGCUUGUGCUGCAGUAUCUACAAAUGAGAAAAAGACAAGCAGCAGCAGCUCUAACUCCUAUAGAGAUAUCUCCUCCUUCUGCUUCUGCUGCUGAUGCUGCUGCUGUUGCUGCUGAGCAGCAGCAGAAGGUGCAGCAGCAGCAACAGACAGGGAAAAAGAAAAAAAUGAAUUUAAUACACAAGGAUUGCAUCUCGUGCUGCACGAGCAGCAGGGGCCUCGCAGGCCCGACAGGCAGUAGAAGACGCAGCAAGACGCAGCAGCCGCAGCAGCAGCAGCAGCAGCAGCAGCAGCAGCAAAGGCAGCAGCAGCAGCAGCAGCAGCGGCAGCGCCUCGGAUCUUAA